AUGUCAGACCCUAUCACCGCUUCGAUACAGAUCGGCAUCUCAGCCGUAAAAGCCGGCGCAAGCAUCGCGACAUGGUGGGAGUUACGCCAGAGGAAUAAGCGUGAAGAAGGACAAGGCUCAACCUCUAGUGGAAGAGGCGCUGGCCUUGAUGAUAUCUAUUUGGUUUUUGCCUCCUUGGGCCAGCGCUUGAUGGCACUCGAUGUCGUGAACUACGACGCUUUGCCGCAGGCCCUCGCUGCUGUCAAGGUUGCGAUGGACAUUUCAGAGGAUGAUCUCACUUUUGAGUUGGAGCGUCUUGAUCCCAUUCUUCAGUAUCUCAUCGCCUGCAGCUUCAUGUUCUGCGCGGCUUUUAUGAACGAUACAAACUGGAGCAAUCCUGAGAAGCCGACUUAUUGGAAUCUGGACAUCGACCAGGCCAUAGCAUAUCUGAAGAGUGUCCCGCACCCUUUUCAAUUGCUCAAGAAAUCACCUUCUCGCAUUGGACACAGCGAACCGUACUAUGAGAAGUAUGACAAGAAAUCUUUGAAGGCUGAGGCUGCGGUUGUUGCGGAUAUAUUCAAACAGAUUCACAAAGUCGGAUACCCUCAGCCACUACCGCCAUACGACAACAUCCGCAUCAACACAUGGAGUAUGCCCUUCGCUACAUAUGGCGGCUCAACUAUGUACGCCAACGUCGGCCAUGACACUUCAGGCAUCAUGACUUGGCAGCUGGACCCCGGGCGGUUUCUGUACGCGUGGACUGUCGGCGAGCGUGCUGACCUCCGACUCGGAGAGGCAGUUUUGGUACAGGAUGAGCAUAUUGGAGCAUUGGCAUCUUGGCUAGAGGGGCUGAAUGGAAUCACCUUCAAGGUGCUUCUGGAUUCAGACCUUGACUGGUCUAAGCUCAAGCUCAAGCCAUCAACGAAGAAGUUCUGUGUGGCACAAUCUGGUAAUGAGUACAAUAUCAGAGGCAUCCCCGAUGUCAUUGUGCGGAAUCCUGAUCCGACUGCGCUUUUAGCUGCACGACUUGAUGCGCUUCAUAUGGUGUCCGUUUCAGUGCCUUUUACGAAAGUGAAGGAACAAGCUACGACUUCACAGGCACCAUCAUCUCCUACUCCUAGCUCUCCUCAACCACAAAGGGUUUUCAGCUCUCCACCUGCAUCGCCACAAUCACAGUCUACCAUGUCCCCAUUGCCAAUGCCAGAGAAAACGGCUCAGACCCAGUUUCACCAAGAAUCCGAAGUCCAACCCACGUUGCCUUGGGUCGACUCUACGCCGGUGACACCAAUCAGCCCCCAUGUUUCUAUACCGCACAAUGCUACUCCGGAUCCUGCCACUCCUCUUCCAAAGGGGUGGGAGUCUCGACUCACUCCUGAUGGUCAGAUUUAUUAUGUUAAUCACAUGGAUCAAACCACGUCGUGGACUAAACCUGUUGCUCCCGUGCUUACUCCUCUGCCACCUGGGUGGCAGGAAAUGCGCACGCCAGAUGGGAUACCCUACUAUGCCGACCAUAAUACACACACGACAUCGUGGGAACGGCCUCCGCCUGCUGAGCCAAUUCUGCCGACUUAUCAGUCUGUAGGUGCAGAGUUUAAAUCAGAACGAAGGGCUCAGUCUUUCGGUGCAAGAAAGUCUAUAUCUGCGAGUACAACGAGUACCACGUCCAGUUUGCCCUUUUCUGAUAAACGCUCAUCUAUUAGCAUGCAGUCGGAAGCUACAACGAUCGUGAGCAAUUCUCAACAAAGUCGUGUCAAGCUGAACAACUACUCCAACCCUCACCCGCAAAGAUCUCGACAAUUGCUCAACCCGUAUCUAUAUCCCGCACAGGGGAAGACGGCGUGUUGGGUGGCAGAUGUUCCCGUUACACCUGAUAUUUAUCAAAAGCUACCAUCUGAUCAAUAUGAGACCUCAUACAUCAGGCAUACCGCCCUUGCCGGUCAACCUACAGAUCUUCAGAAGCUAGACUAUUCUCUCCGCCAAAGGGGCCGCACUGAGCUUGUCAUCGGCUUGAAUUUGCAUAAUGAGUCAACCUACAAGCGUGAGGUCAUCAACGCCCAGCUGAUCAAGUCUCUUGGAAGCAUCUUGGAAACCGGCAUCAGCUUCUUGUGGGAUAUCCCUUCUUCCGUGCCUCUUAGUGACAGUAAGAAGGCUAAUGGCCAAUUCUACGAUGAUGCUCACAAAGCCACCCGCAAGAUCCUUGGCAAAGAGGUGAAACUGAAUCUGAAUGAGUAUACGACGACUUUCCAUCUACAAGACUGGGAACGAAGCCAGGGACUGAUGCCCGAUGUCGUCUCUGGUGCGGAUCCGGUGCAAAUUGUGCUAUGCUCGACUUAUCGUUCAUGGACGGGAUCUUACGCUACAGACUCCUUCAAGCAUAUCUGCAAUUUACUGGAUGCUAGGUUGUGUGUUUCAGUGCCAGGUGGAACGACUGUGACGGGUGGCUCACUUGAGAAACAAUGGCAGCUUUCGCAGUACAGGAAGAAACCAGCCGAGUCAGGGGAAGAUGCUCAUUGCGAGGAGUAUCUGGGAUAA